AAAUUAGAAGCAGCAAGCAAAUACAGUAAAUUUGUUCACAUAAACUACAUAAAUAUAGAAAUGUAUUUUCAUUUUACUUGGGUCCCAGGAUGAGAAAAUACCACUUAAGAAUUAGCUGUCAACAAAUGCUGUCAAAAUCAUAUGUCAUUUUAUACAUUUCGAUCCACUUCCUGUCGAAUAAAUGUCAAAUGAAAUUGAAAAUGGUCUUCUAAAAUUUUAUUAGACCAUUUUAAAAAGAAAUCGCAUUGUUUAUAAUGAUUUACACGUUGAUUGCGUAAUGUUUACAUUCUAAUAUAAGGAUAUACAUCAGGAAAUUGGUUAUAGUUGAUUAUAUUUUUCUGCAAGUACCGGUAGAGGUUAUGAAAUAGAAAUCUCCAGAGACCUAUUGGUUAUGUUUGUGAAAUAGUCUUUGCGGAGGAACUAAGAAAAUUACGUAAACAAUGUCAAGAAUACUACACAAUCGUAUGAGAUCAUCAUUGAAAAAAUCAGCAGCAUGGUCCUGUGUAGACAAACGAGCUGUUGCAUUCUCAGUAUGGACCGGCCGUAGCAUGCUACUGCAGAGACCAAUAGACACAAGUCAUGUACAGAAACGGAGAUAUGGCAUGCUCGUCGCCAGGGCAGUGCGAGGGAUGCUCAAGAUCAGAUAUUUAUUACUCGGAGGAGCUGUUGGAGGAGGCAUGACUUUAAAUAAGAAAUAUGCAGAAUGGAAAGAUGGCCUGCCAGAUAUGGGCUGGCUGAAUGACUUGUUACCAGACAAUGAACAGUGGGACAAAUUCACCACAACACUUAUCAGUGCGAAAGACACAAUUGGAGACCAGCUGAAAAUUGGUGUCCCACUGACGCUGUCGGUGACCGCAGAUCCGCGGCUGCGCGAGGCGGGCGCCGCCCGGGCCGCCGAGCUGCGGGAGUGGCUCUCGCAGCGGUACGAGGACGCCGUCGCAGCCGCCGCCACUAACACCUCCAACAUCGAAUCCUCCCCAAAGAUAGUGAACAAUUUGCAAAGCAAACCACAACCGGCCCCCAGUCGUUCGUCCAGUGAGGACGCCAGUACAUACGAGAAACGUGUGCACGCACUCCAAGAGGAGGUAUUGUCGCUGCAAGCCCGCUACCAGAGGGAGCUGCAGAGGCUCGAGCAGGAGAACAGGGAGCUCAGGCAGCAGAACAUGCUGCUGAGGCAGGGCCGGCAGCCUUCCACCAGGAAGAUGAAGCGGUCGCUGAUCGACAUGUACUCGGCGGUGCUGGACGAGCUGUCGGGCUGGGACGCGGGCGACACGGACCGGCUGCCGCGCGUGGUGGUGGUGGGCGACCAGUCGGCCGGCAAGACCUCCGUGCUCGAGAUGAUCGCGCAGGCGCGCAUCUUUCCGCGCGGCGCCGGCGAGAUGUGCACCAGGGCCCCAGUAAAGGUGACGCUGUCAGAAGGCCCCUACCACGUGGCGCAGUUCAGGGACUCCGCGAGAGAGUUCGACCUCAACAAAGAGUCUGAUCUUGCUGAUCUGCGCAAAGAGGUGGAGCUGCGCAUGCGCAACAGCGUGCGCGGCGGGCGCACGGUGUCGGCGGAGGUGAUCUCGAUGGCCGUCAAGGGGCCCGGCCUGCACCGCAUGGUGCUCGUCGACCUGCCCGGUGUCAUCUCCACCCAAACGGUAGACAUGGCGAGCGAUACACGUGACGCCAUCAAGCAAAUGAGCAGGCAGUACAUGGAGAAUCCAAACGCUAUCAUUCUAUGCAUACAGGAUGGGUCAGUGGACGCGGAACGCAGCAACGUCACCGACCUGGUGUCCUCGUGCGACCCUCAAGGCAAGAGGACCAUCUUCGUGUUGACGAAGGUCGACCUCGCUGAAGAGAACCUCGCUAACCCCAACAGGAUACGUCGAAUCCUCGAAGGCAAACUGUUCCCGAUGAAGGCUUUGGGUUACUACGCGGUAGUGACGGGCCGCAGCAGGAAAGACGACUCCAUACAGAGCAUACGAGAGUACGAGGAGAGAUUCUUCCGUUCUUCCAAGCUGUUCAAGGACGGGCUGGUGACGCCGUCGCAGGUGACGACCCGCAACCUGUCGCUGGCGGUAGCGGACUGCUUCUGGCGCAUGGUGCGCGCGUCCGUCGAGCAGCAGGCCGACGCCUUCAAGGCCAUGCGCUUCAACCUCGAGACCGAGUGGAAGAACACCUUCCCCAGACAGCGCGAACUAGACCGCGACGAAUUAUUCGAACGAGCAAGAGCCGAGCUACUGGAUCAAUCGGCCGAGCUGUCGGCGCUGCCGCCGGCCGCGUGGCAGCAGCGGUUGCAGCAAGCCCUGUGGUCUGCUGCAGCGGCCAAGGUCUUCGAAGGAGUCUACCUGCCGGCUGCGGCUGCUGCGCACGACGACGUCGACAAAUUCAACACGUCAGUGGACAUAAAGCUCCGCGAGUGGGCGGAGGGCGAGCUGCCGCUGCUGUCGAUCGUGGCCGGCAGGGAAGCCCUGAAGGAGGAGUUCACGGAGCUGAUGGCCCGCGGCGCGGACUCGGACCCGGUGUACGAGCCCGUCAAGCGCGAGGCCGUCGACGAGGCGCUGCGCAGGCAUCACUGGGAGGAGCGCGCGCAGGACGUGCUGCGCGUGCUGCAGCUGAACGCGCUGCAGGACGGCUGCGUGGGCUCGCGCGCCGACUGGGACGACGCCGUCGCACUCAUGGACACCGCGCUGCGGGAACGACUUGCACAGACCGACCACCAGCUCAAGGAGCUCACAGGACCGGGCUUCAAGGAGCGCUGGCUGUACUGGCGGUCUAGCACGGAGGAACAGAACCGCCGGGGGGAGGUCCGCUCCGAGCUUGAGCGUCUCGGGUGCACGCGGCCGACACUCACGUACGACGAGGUGGUCGCCGUGCGCGACAACCUGCGCCGGAAGGGCAUCGAGGUCGACAACGACUACAUCAGGGAGCUCUGGAAGCCUGUCUACUUGAAACAUUUCCUGCAGAAAGCGCAGACGAGGGCUCGCGAUUGCAAAAAGAGCUUCUACCUGUACAGUCAACAGAAUGGAAAUGGAAAGGAGUGCUGCGAGGUGGUGAUGUUCUGGCGCGUGCAGCAGACGCUGCGUACGACGGCGGCGGCGCUGCGCCAGCAGAUCGGCAACAGGGAGGCCGCCCGCCUCGACCGCGACCUGCGGGAGGUGCUCGACGAGAUGGCGUCUGAUCCAGAGAUCAAGAAGAAAUUAUUAUCAGGAAGACGAGUGGAGCUCGCCGAGGAAUUAAAACGAGUGCGACAAGUCCAAGAGAGGCUGGAGGAAUUUAUAGAAGCAUUGAACAAAGAGAAAUAGUCAUAUUGUACAUUGUAGUUUAAAAAGAGCGAAUGUAAUUCCGGUCCAGAGGUAUAUUUAUUCAUUUAUUUAUUUACAAAACAUUCAGUUUUUUUUUCUUUUUUCAUAAUGAAGUUAUAUUUUCACGAUGCGCUUUUUUAAAAUUUGGAUUAUUUUUUUAUUCUAAUUAGUAUUUAGAGAGCUUUUUCUUACAACUGUAUAGAUAAAUAAAUGUAAAAUAAAAAUGGUAAUUGUUACUUUUGAUUAAAAAUAUUUCACAAAAUUAAUAUUAGGACAUUUCCUAGACAAAUAUAAUAAAAAAACGCUACAAUCGUAUAUGUCAUGAAAUAGACGUGUAGAGAGAAUGACUUCAAAAAUAGAAAAUGUAUGAAGGGUACAAGAGAACUGUAACGUAUGGAGCAACACUAACAACUGUCCAGCUGUAAAGAAUAGGUCCAAAUCCCUCCAGAAUGACGCUAGAGUAGCAAAACAAUAUGAAAAGAGUUUACCAGUUAUUAAUGCAGUGUAUCCCACUAAAUUAAAAAAAAAUAUUGACUACUUAAUGCAUAAUAUAAAAUUUAACAGAGAUAUUUAUCACAAUAUUAAUCGUAUAUCAUAGCAUUGUUUUCUGUCUUAGGUUUUUUUUGAAGUUUUGUUUUCCUUGUUUACUUCCUUUAAAAUUUACCCACGUGAUACUAUGGCGCCAUCUUAAUGUAACGUUUUUUAACGGUCAUUUUUUCGUAUACAGAGAUUGUGCUUCUUACUUCUGCUAUAAUAAAAAAAAAAAUCCCGCCAUUUUUGACACAUGAAAUUUUCUUCUAACACAAAGGUAUACAAAUAAAAGGUUAUGUUAUAAAUGUUUGCUGUCGUGUUUUUAUGAUUUCUUAGUAUGAUAAUUAUGUACUUUAUUCACGUAUUAUGAAUGAAUUUGAAUAAAUAUAUCUCACGAACGGAACCCUUUAUAUAUGUAACUAUACAAAAUACAUGCUAUGUAUAGAUAGGCUAUGGUACGGUGCCACGACAGUCAUACCGAAUAUGGCUGCAUUUUUUAAGUUAAGCAUUUGAACUGUAACGAGAUGUAAUGAACAAUUAUAUUGAUAUUUUACUUUUUAUUAUGUAUUUUACUAAUUUUAUAAAUGUGAAAGUAUGUAAAGACAUUCGGAUGUUUGUUACUUAAAUCACACGCAAUGAAAUUUGGUACAGAGUUUAAAUUUUUAUUAAAAUUUAGAUCUUAUAUGCACAACCAAACCCGCGUGUUACGGUUAGUUUAUCAAAUAUUCUAAGCAUUGUAUGAGAUUUUAUAGUAUGCAAUUUAUGAUUGAAAGUUGCUGUAAAUAAUGUAAAGGGUAGUAAGUUGAUGCUAGUGAGCCGGUUUUUAAAAUUAUUUCCAUUAUGGCAUAUAUCGUUGACAAUUUUCAUGUAUUUAUAUAAUUAAUAAUUAAAUAGGUUUCUUCAGGGUCGGCAACGCGCGCGUAAUACUUCUGGUAUUGCAGGCGUUCAUAGGCUACGGUAACCGCUUACCAUCAGGCGGGCCGUAU